AUGGAACCAAGCAAUGGAACACAGCUGUCAGGAUUCCUUCUCCUGAGAUUCUCAGAGGACCCAGCACUGCAGCCCCUCAUAUGUGGGCUCUUCCUCUCCAUGUACCUGGUCACUGUGGCUGGGAACUUGCUCAUCAUCCUGGCCAUCCUCUCAGACCCCCACCUCCACACGCCCAUGUACUUCUUCCUCUCCAACCUGUCCUUGGUGGACGUCUGCUUCACCUCCAACACUGUCCCUAAGAUGCUGGUAAAUAUCCAGACACAGAGCAAAGCAAUCAGCUAUGCAGGCUGCAUCACCCAGUUGUACUUUUUUGUGCUCUUCGGCAGCUUAGAUGACCUUCUCCUGGCUGUGAUGGCCUAUGACAGGUUUGUAGCCAUCUGUCACCCCCUGCACUACACAGUCAUCAUGAACCCCCGGCUCUGUGUGCAGCUGGUCCUGGUGUGCUGGGUCAUCAGUGUCCUGCAUGCCUUGUUGCAAAGUUUAAUGGUGCUGCAGCUGUCCUUCUGCACACACCUGGAAAUCCCCCACUUCUUCUGUGAACUGAACCAGGUGAUCCACAGUGCCUGUACUGGCAGCUUCCUUAAUGAUGUGGUCAUGUAUCUCACAGUCGUGCUGUUCGGCGGAGGUCCCCUGGCUGGUAUCCUUUACUCCUACUCUAGGGUCGUCUCCUCCAUCCAUGCAAUCUCUUCAGCUCAGGGGAAGCAUAAAGCAUUCUCCACCUGUGCCUCUCACCUCUCUGUCAUCUCCUUGUUUUAUUGCACAAUUGCAGGUGUGUAUCUCAGCGCUGGUGCUGCCCCCAGCUCAGCUGCCAGUGCCAUAGCCUCGGUGAUGUACACGGUGGUCACCCCCAUGAUGAACCCCUUCAUCUACAGUUUGAGGAACACAGACAUGAAGAGGGCUCUGAAAAGACUCUGUCAGUGGAAAAUUAUAAAAUGGCCUGAGGCUCUGGGGUUCAUGAAGUGCCCAUGA